AAAUAGAGAGUAGAUACGAUUGCUGAGUCCAGGGCAGGCUGGCACAGUACCCAUUAUCCCAGAACGCUCCCGCUCCAACCCAGGAGGCCUACCCGACCCGAGUCGGGGAGAGGCCAACGAUGACCGGACCGCCCCAAACGGCUCUGCUCGGCCUCCCGCCUCCGCCACCGGGCAGCAGGGAGCUGGGUGGCGGCGGCGGCGUCCUCAAGGAAGCGCAUCAUUCCAACCCUGCCUGGCGAUUGGGUCGGGAUGACCGGGUCGCAGGAGGAAAAGGAGGGGUUGGACCCAGCGCCCGAAGAGAAGAAAAGGGAAGACCACCGCCGUAGAUAAAGGCCCAGCGGAGGCAGACGGCCGGCGGUCGGCAGGACGCGAGAGCUCGAAUCCGACAGUCUCCCAGGGAGCCCGACACGGACAGCGCGGAGUACGGCGCCCCGGAGAGCACCAUGCGCGGGUCCCAGGCCGCGCGGCCCGUCUACAUCGCCGGCCGGGUCACGUGGCCCCAGCGGGCGGGCCCCUGCCUCGGCGGGGGAGGGGGGGCCGCGGGGGGCGGGGGGCAGCAGCGAGAAGGCGGCGGCGCCGAGGUUCCCUCCCAGCGCGCAGUGCUGGCGCUCGGGAGCUGGAGCCGCCCACUGCCGCCCCGCGCCUCCCGCCCCGCGCCGCGGGUGGCCGGCCUGGUAUAUAGCGCGCCCCCGCAGGGCCCGCGCCAGGCUGCGAGGCACGCCGCCGUGGGCGCAGGACAGCGUGCGGCUCCCGGGAGCCAGCCCCACGCCCUCUGUGCCGCCGCUCCGUCGGGCGACCCCUGCGGGGCCUGCUGCCUCCAGACCAUGAAGAAGGAGGUGUGCUCCGUGGCCUUCUUUAAGGCAGUCUUCUCCGAGUUCCUGGCCACCCUCAUCUUCGUCUUCUUCGGCCUUGGCUCAGCCCUCAAGUGGCCGUCGGCGCUGCCCACCAUCCUGCAGAUCGCGCUGGCCUUCGGCCUGGCCAUAGGCACCAUGGCCCAGGCCCUGGGGCCCGUGAGUGGUGGCCACAUGAACCCCGCCAUCACGCUGGCCUUCCUACUGGGCAACCAGAUCUCCCUGCUCCGGGCAGCCUUCUACGUGGUGGCCCAGCUGGUGGGCGCCAUUGCCGGGGCUGCCAUCCUCUAUGGGGUGGCACCGCACAAUGCCCGAGGCACUCUGGCCGUCAACGCGCUCAACAGCAGCACGAGUCCGGGCCAGGCCGUGGUGGUGGAAAUAAUUCUGACCUUCCAGCUGGCACUCUGCAUCUUCUCCUCCGUGGACUCCCGCCGCACCAGCCCUUUGGGCUCCCCAGCCCUGUCUAUUGGCCUGUCCGUCACACUGGGCCACCUAGUGGGGAUCUACUUCACUGGCUGCUCCAUGAACCCGGCCCGAUCUUUCGGCCCCGCAGUGGUCAUGAAUCGGUUCAGCCCCGCGCACUGGGUGUUCUGGGUGGGGCCCAUCAUGGGGGCUGCCUUGGCUGCCAUCCUCUACUUCUACCUGUUCUUCCCUAACUCCCUGAACCUGAGUGAGCGUGCGGCCAUCUUCAAGGGCACGUAUGAGCCCGAGGAGGACUGGGAGGAGCACCGAGAGGGGCGGAAGAAGACCAUGGAGCUGACUGUGCACUGACCAGCAUUGCGCAGGGGCCAGCCUCUCAGCCCCUGAACCGCAGGAGGAAGGAAGAGAAAUAUACGAGAGCAAAGCUUCCUUCCCCGUAACUGGGUCCUCUGGACUGGGGAGGAGGUGCUGGCUUCCCAAGCUGCACAGCUAGAGUUGGGAGCAGGAACACAGGACGGGACUCUUGGGGGGCGGGGGGGGGCAGGGGCUGGGGGCUGGUGGGGAGGGGUCUUUCUGGCACAGGGCAGACUGCCACAGUGAGGUCAGACCUCAGGGAUUGUGAGCACGGUGCCAAGCUUGCAGGCUGCCUGGGGCCCGGCCAGGAAGGGGUAGCUAGCAGUCUGCAUCCUUUCUCCCUCCCUAGCCCCUCUUCAAGAGCCAGGGGGAUCCCAGUCCCUGGGAAGACAGAGGCUGACCCUCCCCAGAGCUCCUUAGGAGGGAGGCAGACUGGUUCAUUAUAUGCCGCUUUAUUUAUUUCUGCUCAAGGAUGCAUGGGGCAGGGCUGUUGGUGUUUGGGGUGGAGGCUUCCCAAUAAACCACUGACAUUCA